UAAUAAAAUGCAAGAGACUUUAAAGAUUCUGAAAAUACCUACUUCUCAGUAUUAUCAAGUGGCCUCAGCCCAAAGUUUACCAGAGAUGGAAGCUUCUUUUGAAAAACUGUUACGGGAAGAAGUUAACCAAAAAGAAAAAGCGAGGAACAAAUUGAUUAAAAUUAAUGUAAUUUUAGCAGUCUUGACCAUUGGCAGUUUACUGACUUUGGUUUGGGCAUUGAUUAUGAUUAAACAAAAAAAUGAUUUACCUAAAAUAGAGAAAACAAAGAAAAAAGGGUCAAGUAGGAAUAGAUUAAAGAGAUUUCGUGAAAGGGGGCGAUAA